GGAAAUGUUUGUCACGUGUGUGAGAAGUCCUAGAGAGAACUGCACGUUGCUGUGUACGAUCGCGGGCUGCUGAGGCACCAUGUUUCUUCAAUACUAUUUAAACGAGCUAGGGGAUCGGGUGUACACUAUGAAGAAGGUGGAUCCUGAUGGGCAGCCGACAUCUUCUGCUCAUCCUGCACGGUUUUCCCCUGAUGAUAAAUAUUCCCGGCAUCGCGUCACUCUCAAGAAAAGAUUUGGUCUCCUCCUGACCCAGCAACCAAAACCUGUGAUGUGAGACCUCCUGGAACCGAUUAGAGACAACAACCCAUAAUUCAAGCCGACCAACUACAUGGAAAGUUUUCAUCAUGCUGCCUUAUUGUGUACAGACAUUUUCUGUUUAAACAUAAGGACAAAUAAUUACCGAUUGUUUUUUUUUAAUUGCUUUGGAAACCUGGUUAAGACCAAUGUAAUAUACUUGUGAUGCAAGACGAAUAAAGAAAUGUAGGCUUUUCUUAAUGUUCAUACCCCUGCCCCCCAUUUGUAAAUAAAAUAAUGUAUAAACACA